CGCGCAGGCGCCCUUCUCCCUCCGCUGCACCUGCCUCUGGCCGGCGGAGGCGCAGCGCCCGGUGCCGGCGGAGGAAGAGGAGGCUGGCGAGAGAUCCCGAGGCUCCUCCGCCCGCGCCGCCUUUGCAAAGAUGCCGCUGCCCGGCCGGGCUGAGCUCUCGGCUUCCCCUCCGCUUUGCACCGGCCGGGGCUGAAGCCCAGCGAUGCUCCCGGCUGCCCCGCCGCCUCCUCCGCCCUCCGAUGCCCCGGCCGCCGCUGCCCAGGAGGAGGAGGAGGCGGAGGACCUAACCGGCUGCAGCAAGGAAGAGCUGGUGCGGCGGCUGCGGCGGGAGGAGGCGGAGAAGCUGGCGGCGCUGGUGCAGCGCGGCCGGCUGAUCCAGGGCGUCAACCGGCAGCUGCAGGAGCACCUGCGCGAGAUCCGCGAGCUCAAAGCCGUCAACGGGCGGCUGCAGGGCGAGAACCGGGAGCUGCGCGACCUCUGCUGCUUCCUGGACGAGGACCGGCUGAAAGCCAAGCGCCUGGCCCGCCACUGGCAGCUCUUCGGGCACCAGGCGGCGCAGGGGCUCCGCGACGAGGUGGCCGGUUGUCUCCGCAAGCUGGCAGGCCUGGAAGGGCUGCAGGAGCGGCUGGCGCAGGAUAACCUGGAGCUGAAGGAGCUCUGCUUGGCCCUGGAGGACUGCGCCGCCUCGGCCGCCUCCUCUUCCUCCUCCUCUGCCAACGCCGCCAGGCCCGAUGCCAGCCCCAGCCCCGGAGGAGGCUCGUCGGAGCUCAGCUUGCCUUGCGGACCCCGAGAUCUGGGCGACGGCAGCUCCAGCACGGGCAGCGUGGGCAGCCCCGAUCAGCCUCACCCCGCUUGCUCGCCCGACGAGUGAAGCCGGGGCUGCCCCGGACGGAUGGCAGCCUGGAGGGAGCGUGGGAAGAAGCAGAGAGAGAAGGAUGGAAGGCAGGAGAUGGGGGUGGCCAGCCAGCCGAUCCGCCGACCCCAAUUUUCCCGGAUUUAAUCCCCAUCCCAAGGCGGGAUUGCUGCCAACACAGCCAGCUUCAGGAUCACACAGGACUCCUCGACGGGGAUGAUUUUUUGAAUGUAGAAGGCAUAGCAUAAGCAAGGCCGUUUGGGGGAGGCUGGCACCCGCAGGCUGGUUAACCUCUACGGUUUCUAAUCUUCCUCCCCCCCCCAAAAAAAGGGGAUCAUUCAAAUAAUCUGGGGAUCAUUCGAACCCGCGCUUGGAUGGGGUAAAGGCGGCUGGGCAGAAAAAGCAGAGAAGGAAAUCAGUCCUCCUUCACUCCUCUACAGGUGGAUAAAUCACUCCCCUUUGAAUAAGAAAAGUAGCAAGGUUUGGGGUCUCGCAGGAGUCUUUGGAAAAGCACCCCUUGGCUUAAACGUGGCCUGCUAGUGGCCUUUUGCCCCCCCCCUCCUCAUCCGAAUGGAAACACAAGCGGUUUGGAUUGUGACAUUUCCGCCACGCCUUUCCCGACUUCCUCCGUCGAGAUCGGAAAUGCUGUUGCACAUCCUCCGGAUGGCCUACCCUGCAGGGCGGUCGUUGGGGGGGGGGAAGGCGAAACCGACGAGGAGAAAUCGGCCUGCACUCUGCAUUUUUCCUGCAGGGGAAAAACCGAGCUCGACAUCCGACGACCGAACAAGCUUGCAAAUUUGGGGGGGAGAGGUUUUGCAAAGGAAGGAACCGCUAUUUUGUAGUUUGAUUCCCGCUGUCCUGAGUUGGGCGUUUCAACGAAUGUAGUUCUUUCCUGAAUUUGGACAGGAUUGGCGGAGGGAGGGGGGAGGAGGGACGGGAAAAAGGGGUGUCCGAUUCCCUUGGGACAAUUCUCCCUGUUUUUUGAUUCCGCGUUUUAAUUCCCGCAAGAACAAGAUCCCAGGAACCCCACCAAGAGAUCCCGGACUCCAAAAAGGACUUUUUAAAGGCGACUGAAGGGGGCAGAAAAAUUGCCAAAAAAAAAAAAAAAACUUAUUUCAAAAUGUAAUUCCGUGGCUUAAAAGAUUUGAGCCAGUUUCUUUCUGACAAUGCCGAGGUUUGAACGUCAAACGGGGUGGAGGGAAAUGGGAAUUUUAUGGGUGCCUUUUGUGAUGCAAAGAUACCCCCCCCCCAGUUUUAAGAAUAUGUGGGGUGGCUGGGCCUUCUCUUAAACUGAGUUUUGCAGGCUGUGAAAUGGAGUUCUGAUCGCUAGCGUUUCAAAUCUUCCUUGUUUUUCUUGCCCUUCCUACCCAGGGAAAACUAAGGGAGGAGUAGGGGGGGGCUUUGGAUUUCGAUAGAAUAUAUGCAGAGAGGGGGUCCCACCCUUUUUCCUUCUUUCUUUCCGAUGAGCAAUAUUUCAAUAAUAAUAAUAAUAAUAAUAAUCCAGCUUUGGGAACCUCAAAGGUGGAGCUUUAAAGGAGGGUGGUCUGAGGAACUCCUUGCCACUUGGUUGGUGUGCCAAAAUGGAAUUUUUUUUAAUGCAGAUGAUGGUAUGGGGUUUAUUAAUCUGGGCGCAGAUGCUGAGUGACAUCCCCCCCCUCCCUUUCACAUGACUCCCUCCCGGCAACCGUCGUAAAUAUGAGUGUUACCAAGGCUCUGAAUUUUGACCCGUGAACGCAGAGGUGCUGGAAUGGUUAUAAGUGUGAAAAACGAUCGUAAGUCACUUUGUACAGUGCCGUCGUAACUUCGAACGGUCGCUAAGUGAGCCUGUAAUCACAGAACGUUGGUGUCCGCGAAAGAGGCCUGAAUGGGGUUUUUUUCCCCACUUUAAAACCGAAAUUAAAUAAUAGGAUGAGAAAGGCUGAUUGCCAAAAUUCCUCUUGUUGUAUGGCCAAUUUCCCCCCCCCCCCACAAGCCCCAAGCGAAGCCGGGUGGCAGGAUUUAUUUUCUUUUUAAGAGGAAACAACAUCUGGUUGAAUUGAUAACGCCUGGAAUCCCGAGCUGGGACAAAGGAAAAAGAGGCCCCUUAAAUCUUUUCGGAAAAUAAAAAAAAACAAAGGAAGGUCCCAAUUCUUCCCCUUAAAAACUGAGAAUGUUAAUAAAUCUCUUUAAAACUGA